AUGACAGACGAACUGAUAAAAUUUGCAAAGAUCUCUUGCUACGCCCAAAGCAAGGGGGAAGCCCAGUUCAUUUACAAAGAAAUCUUCGACGACCGCUGUUACGACGUCCCAAAUCUCCCCGAGGCACCCUUCGUGAUCGACGCGGGGGCAAACAUUGGCUUGUUCUCUCUCUACAUGAAGCAAAAUUACCCAGCGUCCACGAUUCUUGCAUUUGAACCGGCACCGACGACGUUCGACGUCCUGCGCCGCAACCUCAAAUUGCACAAUAUCUCCGAGGUCGAAGCCCUCCCCAUUGGCCUCGCUUCCAAAGCCAGCACGGAAUGGUUGACUUACUACCCGCGCAUGCCUGGUAAUUCUACCUUGGUACCAGAAGAGAAGAAGGAGCUGUAUGAGGAAGCUGUCAAGGUCUAUGGCCAGAAGGCUGCAGAUGAACACUUUGGCGAUUCUCAGGAGGUAGAAGUGAAGGUUCAGCGACUGUCCUAUUUCCUCAGUCGUUGCCCCGACCUUGUCAGUAUUGACUUGCUCAAGAUUGAUGUCGAGGGUGCAGAGCUUGAAGUCCUCCUUGGCUUGGACGAUGUGCACUGGUUUAUGAUUCGCAAUAUUGUUCUUGAAACGUGUGAGAAGUCCGGAGCACGAGUCACGAUCGAGGAGCUCUUGCAGAGUAAAGGAUUUGCCGUUACACGGGAGGCAGCUUCGUGGGCGCCGAAGGAUUUUUAUAUGAUUCGCGCUUCUCGCUGA